GCCAGGAACCUCUCCACCACAGACUGGCGAGAGAGGCUCUGGUAGUCGAGGGUGCGGAAGAAGGCGGAGCGUGGCAGAGUGAGCGACGCCUGAAGGAGACGUCAUCAGAGCGCACCGGAAGCGGCCCGAGAAUGACGAGUGUGAUCUACCAUGCCUUUUCUCAGAAAGAGGCACAAGAGUUGGAUGUUCAGCAGCCAGGAGCCCGGCGGGCGGAAGCCUUCGUGAGGGCCUUCCUGAAGCGCAGCAUGCCCCACAUGAGCCAGCAGGCCCGCGAGGACCAGCUGCAGCGCAAGGCCGUCGUUCUGGAGUAUUUCACUCGCCGGAGGCGGAAGGAGAAGAAGAGGAAAUCCAAAGGCCUCUCCGCCAGGCAGAGGAGGGAGCUGCGGCUCUUUGACAUUAAACCAGAGCAGCAGAGGUACAGUCUUUUUCUCCCUCUUCAUGAACUCUGGAAACAGUACAUCCGGGACCUGUGCAAUGGUCUUAAGCCAGACACGCAGCCACAGAUGAUUCAGGCCAAGCUGUUAAAGGCAGAUCUUCAUGGUGCCAUUGUUUCAGUCACAAAAUCCAAAUGCCCCUCCUAUGUGGGUGUUACGGGAAUCCUUCUACAGGAAACAAAGCAUGUUUUCAAAAUUAUCACCAAAGAAGACCGCCUGAAAGUUAUCCCCAAGUUAAACUGUGUGUUCACUGUGGAAAUCGACGGCUUUAUUUCCUACAUUUAUGGGAGCAAAUUCCAGCUUCGGUCAAGUGAGCGGUCUGCGAAGAAGUUCAAAGCAAAGGGAACAAUUGACCUGUGAGCUCCUGCCGCCCAAGGCGGUCGUUUAUGACCCC